AUGCUUGCCGUCCGCCUUCUUGUGCCGCUGGCAACCGUCGGCGCCAUGGCUUUUGAAAUCAACGAGCACAAGAUCACGUCCCUAAUGGCUGCGGUGUACACGCCAAUGAAGGGGCCGGGCAGUCUUGAGCUGGACCUCGACCGGAUCAUGCCCUACGCCAAGUUCUUGAAGAGCAAAAACAUAACUAACGUAAUGCCCGCAGGCUCCAACGGCGAGUCCCUGUCACUGACCGUGCCUGAACGCAAGGCACUUGCCGAAGCUUGGGGCAAAGCAGGUCAAGCCACAGGCCUGAAGAUCUACAUGCACGUUGGCAGCGAAAGCCUCCCAGAGUCUAUGGACCUUACUGCACAUGCCUCCAAGACGCCUGGCAUCUACGGUGCCGUGUGCAUGUCGCCGGUGUACUUCAAGCCGACCCUCGAGACGCUCCACGACUUCUUGGCGCACACCGCAUCGGCCGCACCUGAUUUCCCGUUCUGGUUCUAUCAUUUUCCAGAUGACACAGGCGUGCUGGCGGGGCAAGUCAACAAGCUGCUGGGCAUGAUCGAAGAGUCCGGCAGGAUCCCGAAUUUCAUGGGGAUUAAGUACACCGACUACAAUCCAGCGUGGUGGCGGGCCUUAUGGACUUCUCCUUGUGCAAGCAGGUGA